UUUUUUUUUCAUGUGAGGACCACGUGAGAGCUGUCUCCUUUGUCCACGUCAAGCAUAAGAGAAAGUGUACUUCACAGAGCUCAAGCAUCAAGACAUUAGCCCCUAAAAUACUAUGAAGGCUUGGGGAGCAGUUACACUCUGUUUGGCAGUAUGUGUAUCGUUGGGGAAUGGAUUAUAUUUUCACAUUUCUGAGACUGAGGAGAAAUGUUUCAUUGAGGAAGUUCCAGCUGAAACAAUGAUAGUUGGGAAGUACAAGACGCAGCUAUACGAUGACAAUAGACAAGACUGGUUGCCAUCAAGCCCGGGGAUCGGCAUGCAUGUGGAGAUAAAGAAUCCUUCGUCUAAAGUGAUUCUCUCGAGACACUAUGCUGCCGAGGGUCGGUUCACGUUCACCUCCCACGAGUCAGGGGAGCACACCAUCUGCAUCGGUACCAACAGCACUCGUUGGUUCGGAGGGAACAGACUGCGAGUUCAUCUAGAUAUCUCGAUUGGAGAGCAUGCCGUUGACUACGCCCAGAUAGCAUCCAAGGAGAAACUGAGUGAGCUACAGCUGCGAGUGAGACAGCUGCUGGAUCAGGUGGAGCAGAUCACAAAGGAACAAGAAUACCAAAGAGUUCGUGAGGAACGAUUCAGACAAGUGAGUGACAGUACCAAUGCUCGAGUCCUGUGGUGGUCACUGGGCCAAACCAUUGUCCUGAUUCUAAUGGGCAUCUGGCAAAUGAGACAUCUCAAGAGCUUUUUUGAAGCCAAGAAACUGGUCUAGGGACACUAUGUAUUAGGUUUUAGCUAGAAUUUCAGUCAUAUAUACAUGUAUUAUCCAAGCUCAACGAAUAUUCUUGUACAAUACAUUUCAAUGUGAGAUAUUGCAGUACAUAAAUUGACAAUAAAUUAUUGAACAGGUUCAAUUGAAA